CUUGGUCAAUGAGUAGUGACUACUGACUAGCACAGACUUGUCUAAGUUGUGAUUUCAGAUUUGUGAAUUGACAGUUUUCUUUUUGCCCAAACGUUUCACCUAAGGACUUCAAGACGGCUGCCAUGACGAAUUUAAAUGGUGUGUUGACACCACCGUCAACACCAUCACCCAAUCUGCUGCAGAUGAACAUGGCUCGUGAGAGAGAGAAAUACUUGGAAGAGUAUAACUUCCCAUUUUGUGAAGCUGCCACAAAAUUUGAAAAACUGGCAAAGAUUGGUCAAGGCACUUUUGGUGAAGUGUUCAAAGCACGAGACAAAAAAAAUCAUAAAUUUACAGUUGCUAUGAAAAAAAUUCUCAUGGAAAAUGAAAAAGAAGGAUUUCCAAUCACUGCUCUUAGAGAAAUUCGAAUAUUACAACUAUUAAAGCACGAUAAUGUAGUAAAUCUAUUGGAAAUCUGUCAAACUAGAGCUACUCAGUUCAAUCGUUAUCGUUCAACAUUUUAUUUGGUGUUUGAAUUCUGCGAGCAUGAUUUAGCUGGUCUGCUAUCAAAUACUAAAGUGAAGUUCAGUCUUGGAGAGAUUAAGCAAGUAAUUCAACAAAUGCUCAAUGGCCUCUACUACAUACACAGUAACAAGAUAUUGCAUCGUGACAUGAAAGCAGCAAAUGUAUUAAUUACCAAAACUGGGACAUUAAAAUUGGCUGAUUUUGGUCUAGCUAGAGCAUUCAGUGCACAGAAAAAUGGUCAACCUAAUAGAUAUACUAAUCGAGUUGUAACAUUAUGGUAUCGCCCUCCCGAGUUGUUGCUUGGGGAUCGUAAUUAUGGUCCGCCUGUAGACUUGUGGGGAGCUGGAUGCAUCAUGGCUGAAAUGUGGACUCGUAGUCCAAUUAUGCAGGGUAAUUCUGAACAACAACAGUUAACUUUAAUAUCUCAACUAUGUGGUUCAAUAACACCAGAAGUCUGGCCUAAAGUUGAAUCUUUAGAUUUGUACAAUCAAUUGGAAUUGGUUAAAGGACAAAAACGAAAGGUAAAAGAACGACUAAAGCCCUAUGUACGUGAUCCAAUGGGUUGUGAUCUAUUAGAUAAACUCUUAGUAUUGGAUCCAGCCAAAAGAUUUGAUGCUGAUUCAGCUUUAAAUCAUGACUUUUUCUGGACAGAUCCUAUGCCAUGUGAUUUGUCUAAAAUGUUGUCUCAACAAACACAAAGUAAUUUUGAAUAUUUGGCUCCACGCAGACUCAAUAAUCAUCAGUCAUCUGCCAUGCGACCAGCGUCAACCGUUCCAAGUCAAGGGACGUCUACAUCUACUACUUCCGGUUUUCACGAACGUGUUUUCUAGCGCAAGUGAAUGGCAGCUUAAGCGGCCACUCAUAACUAUAAUUUUUUUUUACAUUUUAUAGUUUUUCUUAUAUUAGUUUAGAGAUGAUUUAUUUAUGUAUAAAUAAAACAGUUAAUUCUUUAUAUGAUCAUUGUUAUUAUUGGUUUAUAUUGUAUGUUCCAUAGUUUUAAACUGACUUAAUAUUAAAAUAGUGUUAAGAUAAUAUAAGUUAUUAUUUUUAAUUUGUUUAGUUAGUAAAUUACUAUCUUAUAUAGUUAUGAUUACAUUUUUAUUUUUAUUAAUUGAUGAAUAUAUUAAUACUGAUAAAAAUUUGUAUUUAAUUGUCCAAUUUUCAGUAUGAAAAUUAUUUUAUCACUGAACUGUCAAACAUGACUACUUUAUUUGUAUAUAAUACAGUUAUGUGGCAGGUGUUCAUUUUUAAAAUUUUGUUUAGUAAACAUUUUAUUUGUAUGUAUUAUUCAGUUAAUUAAUCAUUGUUUGCAUUUUUUUAAAUAAGUAAGUAUAAGAAAAUUUGUGUUGCUGUUUUAUAUUAUAAUUAAUAAGUAAUAACUAUUAAUUUUACUCUAUUUUAUAAGCUAACAUUUAAUUUAUAUUUUCAUUCUUUCCAGACAAUUGUCAUGGUUUUGAAUUUACAACUGUAUAACUUGUAAAAUGUUAUAGCAAGUGAUAACCAUAUAUAGUAUUUAUAUGUUUAUGGUUAGUGCUCAAUAAACAAGUUCAAUAGAUGUUAACAUAAUCAACAAAUUAGUAUGUAUCAUAAAUGUCCUUGAAAUUUCUAAAUAAAAUUGUUUUAAACUAUA